AAAGAAUUAAAACAAUUCGGUCUUGUAAGACAUAGUAGGUGGGUUUUUUAUGACCUGAGUUAAGAAAUCAAAAACAGAAACGAAAUUUUGUUCUCUGAAAUACGAGGUGAUGAAACACUAAAGGAAGCAUGUCAAAUGCUGCGUGUUGACGUUGAAAUGGCACCUUUGAACAAACUACGUCGAAUGUGCCAUGGACGAAGUAACAAAAGUCUAGUAACAUGUUUACUAUUAGUGUGUUUUCUCGUGUACAUUGCCGUGACAACAUCCUUAGUACGACGUCAGUCAGCAGAUGAUACAAACGAAGAAAUCAAAAUUCGCUCUGACAAUCCACGUGGGAUGACAGAAAACUUGCCGACCCAAACCGAGGCCGAUUUAACGGAUGACGUGUUAUUAAAGUUGUAUCUAGAAAUCGAGAAAAAACGGAAUACGUCAAAAUCAAAUAGGAUGUCUUGCAAUCAAUAUAACAUAACAGACAAAUAUGAAACUUUUAAAGAAAAUAUUUCGUGUGUGGCGCAUCGUGCAACACAAUCUGCUUGUGAAUUCGCUGAUAAUAUAUAUUGGCUUGACGAGACAUUAAAAUCAUGUGGUUCUCAAAAAAAAGUUAAUAUAUGCCAAAUAAGUGAAUCUACACAAACCGGGAGUACGGUAGAGUACGUUUAUAAAUGUUCAUUUAAAGACUGUUUAAAAUAUGACCGCCAGAAAGUUAUUACGUGGCGUUUUCAUUCAGAUACACAAACAUUAACUAAAGCAGCUGUGUUUACAACAGUUGAAGAAAUGGAGAAAGAAUUACCCAACAUAGCUAAAUUGUCUUCAAGCAAUAAAUAUAACUUUCUGUUUUUAGAAUGUAGUAAUGAUGAAAUAGGAAAACAGCCUUACGACCUUAUAGCUCAACUAAUAAUAUUGCUUCCUAUAAAUAUAAGCAACACAGAGAAUAAAAACUCGAAAGAGCAUAAAGACAAUACAAAAAUUAAUGUGAACAUAGUGUUGUUAGAUUCAGCUGCAAGGUCACAUUUUUAUCGUUCUUUACCUGGUACGAUAAAUACUUUUAAUAAAGUAAAUAAAAACAAAGAAAACGGAGACGAGGUUUUAGAUUUCCAACUUUUUCAAUCCAUGGAAGGACAUACGGCAGAAAAUAUACAUGCUUUAUUUACUGGUACUCUCUUUCCAAAACAUUGGACAGGCGCGGAGAGAGAAUCAGCAUCAGUAGGAGUCGGAAAGCUGUUCAAGCAGUAUGUCGACCGUGGGUAUACAACGUUUUAUCACGAUGAUUUAUGCUUUGAAGAAUGGUGGGGUUUAAGGUUAGACUUGGGUUCACCGGCUACUUGGCAAGAUUUUUUAAGAGCUUUAGAUGAAAACUACAUCCACCACACAGGUCUAUCGUUUACAAGUUGUAAAAUUUUACAGACGAACAACAUUACUAACCCCUUUAACGGGCCGGAUGGACCGCUGUGUUUUAACGGACAGUUUCAAGAUGGAUACCUGCUUGACUUUUCGCGCCUUUAUCACAGUUCAGCCUCAAGACACGGUAACCGAAUGCUUAGUUUUACAACUCUAAAUGUGGCUCACGAUAACUUGGGAAAAAGAAUACAAUCAAUUGAUGACGAGUUAAAAAAUUAUGUUCAAAAUAUUAUAAAAAGUAACAACACAUUGACUCUACUUCUUGCCGACCAUGGUAACACAUACACUCACUACACACACGCCAUUAUGGAAGGUAGAUUCGAGCAAUAUCAUCCAGCCUUUUUUAUGAUUAUUCCGGAACAAGUAAAAAAAAUAUUAGGACAAAAUAUUAUGAAUAACUUGAGAAGAAACCAAAGAAAGUUAGUUACCAUGUUGGAUAUACACGGUGCGUUACAAACUAUACCUACGGGUCCAAAACAACAGGGGAUUUUUGCAACCAUCCCUCAUAACAGAAGCUGUGAUGAUUUAAACUUACGCUUGCCGAAUUUGUGUGUGUGUGAAGGAUGGGAUGCAGAAACGUUAAACGACACCUUACAAGUUGGAUUAGUCCAUUUUGCUAUCGGAGAACUAAACAACAUGAUCCUGCAACAGCAGAAGCAAAUUCGACGAAGACAACAAAUUCCAGGUUGCUUACGAUUAGUUCCAACGAGCUUUAAAAAUGUGAGGGAGAGAAGUGCCCAGGGUCGACUUAUUACCAGCAUGGACAUAUCAACGAUGGCUGGAGCAGGUGCUAGUCAGUCACGUGAUAUUUUUCAUGUUCAAAUCCAAUCAAGCAUCAAUCCUGACGAUGCAUCAAGAAAUAUGAAGUUGUUGAAUUUUGAUAGAAUAUCCAGAUAUGGUCCCUAUAGCGCAUGCGCAGAUAAGAGGAUUGAUAUGCGGUUGUGUGUAUGCAAUAUAAAGGCAAGAGAAACAGAGAGGAAUCUAGAAAAUGUCAUUAUGCACGAUAUGAUUCAAUAUCCAAAUUUACUUCCGACAAAUGUCGAGAUUAAGCGCGUUUUCAAAAUAAGUGAAUGUUUAUUUUACAGAACGAUAUCUUAUCCUGAUACCAAUGAAAAUGAACAAAAUGCUAUAUAUACUGCAACUUAUGAAGUUGCAAAUAUAUGCGGUCACAUGAUCAAUGUUACCAUGGAUAUAACGUUAGAUAAUAUGAAGCUCACAUCCACAAAUCCAGUCAUCAAACAUUUACUUCCUUAUGGCAUGACUUACGUAAUGACUGCUAUCAGAGCUGUUCCUUAUUGGACUUCCAGAGUUGAAUCUGUCAAAAUAUAUGUCCCUCAGGAUUUUUUACCACUUCCUCCGUAACAGAUAUUUAUUUUUCUUUAGAAUAUUUAUUUUCAAACUAGUAAUCUUAAUUAAGUUAAAAAAUAAUUUUAGUAUAUUUAUUUUAAAUAUUGGUAAUUUUUUAAAAAAGGUUUAUGGUUGAAAUACAAAAAAUUAGUUAA